AUGAUAGAGAUUAAUCAACAAGUCUUAAAAUGCCCCUCCACCAACACGGACAUAAAUGAGAUCAUCUCACACAUCUAUUGGGAAAUCAAAGAAACCUACGACGAGGUCUUCAUCGAUGAUAUUGAUGAUGAAGAUGAGAUUGAGCAACAUAAGCGUAUCAUAGAGAGGGAUGACCAAGACCUUGACUAUGAAAUCCAUAUGGCCAUUGAUAACUAUGUUAUUGAUGAGCUUGAUGACAAACGCUAUGCUAUCAUAACACAAGGCCGUGAGCCUCUGCUUGUAUUGAUGGAGUACAUUGAGGAGUACGGCCAACCAAACUUGGAUGAUGCCCUCCUUAAAGCUGAAAGACUAAGAGGCAUUGUUUCUUAUCAGAUCAUAUACGAGCAAAUCCAAGCCUUGUUUUGUCAAGAAACCAUAACAAUUGAGAUAUCAUCUAUGAUGGAGCUCAUAGAUAUCUUAGAUAAGGAUUAA